ACGGCUGAUCGUUACACGUCGAGGAAUACGAGUGACAGAACGAGAAGAACCCACUGCUGGAGUUACGUCGAAAGAGAUGGAAGGCCAGCAGGGUAACGGUAACGGCAUAUCGUCGGCUGCAACGGAAACGGAAGCUGGAUCAUCGAGCAACGAACAAAGCGGCAACGAGCAAUGCACCAGCUCGCUGGACGAUGCAGUAGGCAAGCUACUCCAAGGCUACGAUUGGACUUUGCUUCCGGUCACUUCACGCGCAAGCGGACGAAGAAGUGCUCACGUGAAACGUCCGAUGAACGCGUUUAUGGUUUGGGCUCAAGCGGCUAGACGCAGAUUGGCCGAUCAGUAUCCUCAACUUCACAACGCCGAACUAUCGAAAACGUUAGGGAAACUGUGGAGAAUUCUCAGCGACGAUGAGAAACAACCGUUCAUAGAGGAAGCCGAGAGACUAAGGAACGCGCAUAAGAAGCAACAUCCGCAUUACAAGUACCAACCGCGUCGACGGAAACCAAAAUCGGAGGAACACAUGGGCAUCGUGAUGCAUCGGUCUGCCUUGUCCUCACCAGGCUCGUCUUUAGACUCUGUCAACUCGUCCGACUGCACGUAUCCUCGUUUAUAUCCAGAUACCGGGACCAAAACGUACGAGAGACCGACCAUUUAUCACGAUAGCAAGACUAGCUAUGAUCUUUCGAGAUCGGCUUGGUCAAACGACUCGGUCAAAUAUCCGGUCGAACAUUCGAUCGUAGAAAAUAAACCAUACGACGGUAUGAAAUACGACUCGCACAUGUCCAAGAACUAUGUGGAUGCAAAGUGCUACGAGACCGUCAAGUAUCACGAAGUAUCCGCUGCCGCAAAGUAUCACGAAACGAUACCAAAGUAUUCGGAAUUGCAAACAAAGCCUUACGAUUUACCUAAAUACCCGGACAAUUCUCUAAAAUAUCCCACGGACGUUAGCAACCCGAGUAAAUCGUACGCUUGCGUACACAGUCAGUAUUACACUGCCCCCGAAGGAUAUACCGUGCACGAGGAAAACGAAUAUCAAACACAAGGUGUCUCCACCCAUUCUUUCUAUCCGUAUAUCUCCGCAUCGAUGGCGCAACCUCCUUAUUACAUGGGUCCUCGGUAA